AUGUCAAAGGUGCAAGAGUCUGCCGGGCCUGUGCUGGCACAUUUAGCCAGACUGCGGGCAGGCAAGGUAGAGGUCCAUGUCAAAGCGAUGGGGUCGGCACCUGCUUUGCGACAGCCUCGCUUCACGAUCGAUGGAAGCAAGAAGUUCUCAAAGCUGAUCGUAUACUUGAAAGAGGCCUUGAAGCUGGAGACGAUUUACGUCUACUGCAACGAUGCCUUCGAACCUUCACCCGACGAGCGGUUGUCGGACUUGCAGAAAUGCUUCGGAUCAUCUGGGAACAAGCUCAACAUCAGCUAUUCGGGCGAGCAGGCCUUCAACUAG